AUGGUGUCCUCAGAUUUAGGCCCGCAGCUGCAGUUCUUGACAGACGCAGCUCAUCUGCUGUCAGCCUCUUCACCCGAAACUUCGGCCUUCCUGAUGAGCAGGCGCACCUCACUUUUGGUCGACCACGAUGUCCCGAUCAGUGAUCAACAACGACAACACGUCUGCAGUUGCUGUGGGCAUAUCAUGCUCCCGGGCCGAGGGACUGAACUUAAAAUUGGAGCCGACAGGGCGCUCAAGGCUAGGGUGAAGAAGCAGUCCAAGACCCAAAGCGCACCAGUAUCUGCCUCACAGAAGCCCGGUAUAUCAAAGGUCUUCAGCUGCGGGAAAUGCAGCAGGUACACCAAGUUGCAGCUUCCUGCUCCAAGACCUCUCCCGAAGGCCAGGGCCAAGAGCCAGAGCAAGAGCAAGACGGUGAACCAAGAAAGAAUGUCACAGGAGAAGCGCCCAUCAGCAGCAGCGGCAGAGCCUGCAAAAUUGUCCGCAAAUGCCAGCAGCAAGAAGCGAGCCAAGAACCGCAAGGCCGGCCUGCAGGCCCUGCUGGACCAACGAUCAGGACAGAGCUCCACUGCCUCUUCAGGCCUUGGGCUAAGCCUAUCCGACUUUAUGAAGAAAUAG